GACAAGUUGGGCGAGUGCGAAAGCGGGAGCAGGCGCCGCGCGGCCACCGAGGGAGCCCCGGACGGCAGCCCCCGGGAGCAGGGUGCGCUCUCCUGAGCCCGAGCCGGGCAGACUCGCCGCCCUCUAGUGGGACCCGGACAGUUCGGCGCUGACCGGCUGGGAAGGGGAGGCUACCUCCGGGGGCCGGAGAGGGACUGCCCUCCCGGGUUCCUGAGCCGGCCGGCCCGAGGCGAGGGAGCAGGUUAGAGGGACAAAGGGCUUUGUAAACGCUCCCGGCAUCCUGUGAGGGCGGCGGCCGGGACGAAGUGGCCAGGAGCCCGCGGAGAGCCCGUGGAUGUUCUGCGCGCGGCCUGGGAGCCGCCGCCGCGAGAGGAGGAAUGCACCGGCCGCGCCGCCGCGGGACGCCCCUGCCGCUGCUGGCCGCGCUGCUGCUGGCCGCGCGCGGGGCUGCCGCCCAAGAAACACAGUCAUCAGUCACUGCUGAGUUAGUGCCUACCUCAUCAUGGAACAUUUCAAGUGAAAUUGACAAAGAUUCUUACCUGGUUCUGGAUGAACCAAUGAAUAACAUCACCACGUCCCUGGGCCAAACCGCGGAGCUGCACUGCAGAGUCUCUGGGAACCCCCCUCCUACCAUCCGCUGGUUCAAAAACGACGCCCCAGUGGUGCAGGAGCCCCGCAGAAUCUCCUUCCGCGCCACCAGUUACGGCUCUCGGCUGCGGAUCAGAAACCUCGACACCACGGACACCGGCUACUUCCAGUGCGUGGCGACAAAUGGCAAGAAGGUGGUCUCCACCACCGGAGUCCUGUUCGUCAAGUUCGGCCCCCCUCCCACUGCAAGUCCUGGAUACUCAGAAGAGUACGAAGAAGAUGGAUUCUGCCAGCCAUACAGAGGGAUCGCAUGUGCGAGGUUUAUUGGCAACCGCACCGUCUAUAUGGAGUCUUUGCACAUGCAAGGGGAAAUAGAAAAUCAGAUCACAGCUGCUUUCACCAUGAUCGGCACGUCUAGUCACUUAUCGGAUAAGUGCUCCCAGUUUGCCAUCCCUUCACUGUGCCACUAUGCCUUCCCAUACUGUGACGACUCCUCAUCUGCCCCAAAGCCCCGAGACUUGUGUCGCGAUGAAUGUGAAAUCCUAGAAAAUGUCCUGUGUCAAACGGAAUACAUUUUUGCAAGAUCAAAUCCCAUGAUUCUGAUGAGGCUGAAAUUGCCCAACUGUGAUGAUCUCCCACAGCCAGAGAGUCCAGAGGCUGCGAACUGUAUCCGGAUAGGAAUCCCCAUGGCAGAUCCUAUAAAUAAAAAUCACAAGUGCUAUAACAACACAGGUGUGGACUACCGAGGGACCGUCAGUGUGACCAAAUCAGGGCGACAGUGCCAGCCGUGGAAUUCCCAGUAUCCUCACACACACACCUUCACUGCCAUCCAUUUCCCAGAGCUGAAUGGAGGCCAUUCCUACUGCCGCAACCCAGGAAAUCAGAAGGAAGCUCCCUGGUGCUUCACCUUGGAUGAAAACUUUAAGUCUGAUCUGUGUGACAUCCCAGCAUGUGAUUCAAAGGAUUCCAAGGAGAAGAAUAAAAUGGAGAUCCUGUACAUACUGGUGCCAAGUGUGGCCAUUCCGCUGGCUAUUGCUUUGCUCUUCUUCUUCAUCUGUGUCUGCCGCAAUAACCAGAAGUCAUCGUCACCACCAGUCCAGAGGCAACCAAAACAUGUCAGAGGUCAAAAUGUAGAGAUGUCAAUGCUGAAUGCAUACAAACCCAAGAGCAAGGCUAAAGAGCUGCCUCUUUCUGCUGUACGCUUUAUGGAAGAACUGGGUGAAUGUGCCUUUGGAAAAAUCUAUAAAGGCCAUCUCUAUCUCCCAGGAAUGGACCAUGCUCAGCUGGUUGCCAUCAAGACCUUGAAAGACUAUAACAACCCCCAGCAAUGGACAGAAUUUCAACAAGAAGCCUCCCUCAUGGCUGAACUGCACCACCCCAAUAUUGUGUGCCUUCUCGGUGCUGUCACUCAGGAACAGCCUGUGUGCAUACUGUUUGAGUACACAGAUCGGGGGGACCUCCAUGAGUUCCUGAUCAUGCGAUCCCCACAUUCUGAUGUUGGCUGUAGCAGUGACGAAGAUGGGACUGUGAAAUCUAGCCUGGAUCAUGGAGACUUUUUGCACAUUGCAAUUCAGAUUGCAGCUGGCAUGGAAUACCUAUCUAGUCACUUCUUUGUGCACAAGGACCUUGCUGCUCGCAAUAUUUUAAUCGGCGAGCAACUGCAUGUAAAGAUUUCAGACCUUGGGCUAUCCAGAGAAAUCUACUCUGCUGAUUAUUACAGGGUGCAGAGUAAGUCUUUGCUGCCCAUUCGCUGGAUGCCUCCUGAAGCCAUCCUGUAUGGCAAAUUCUCUUCUGAUUCAGAUAUCUGGUCCUUUGGGGUUGUCUUGUGGGAGAUUUUCAGUUUUGGACUCCAGCCGUAUUAUGGAUUUAGUAACCAGGAAGUGAUUGAGAUGGUGAGAAAGCGACAGCUUUUACCAUGCUCUGAAGACUGCCCACCCAGAAUGUACAGCCUCAUGACAGAGUGCUGGAAUGAGAUUCCUUCCAGAAGACCAAGAUUUAAAGAUAUUCAUGUCCGCCUUCGGUCCUGGGAGGGACUCUCAAGUCAUACCAGCUCUACUACUCCUUCAGGGGGAAAUGCUACUACACAGACAACCUCCCUCAGUGCCAGCCCAGUGAGCAACCUCAGUAACCCCAGAUAUCCCAACUACAUGUUCCCAAGCCAGGGCAUUACCCCACAGGGUCAGAUUGCUGGUUUCAUUGGGCCACCAAUACCUCAGAACCAGCGGUUCAUUCCCAUAAAUGGAUACCCAAUACCUCCCGGAUAUGCAGCAUUUCCAGCUGCCCACUACCAGCCAGCAGGUCCUCCCAGAGUGAUUCAGCACUGCCCGCCUCCCAAGAGUCGGUCCCCAAGCAGCGCCAGUGGGUCGACUAGCACUGGCCAUGUGACCAGCUUGCCCUCAUCAGGAUCCAACCAGGAAGCAAAUAUUCCUUUACUGCCACACAUGUCUAUUCCAAAUCAUCCUAGUGGAAUGGGUAUCACUGUUUUUAGCAACAAAUCUCAAAAACCCUACAAGAUAGACUCAAAGCAACCCUCUUUACUCGGAGACUCCAAUAUUCAUGGACACACAGAAUCUAUGAUUUCUGCAGAACUGUAAAAUGCAUGACUUCAUAAAUGUGAUAUGCAGGAAAAACUAGAAAACCAUAGGAAAGAUUUAUUUUCAAAUGUUUCUAUUAAAUAAGGUUCUCAUUUAGCAGACAUUGCAACAAGUAUCUUCUGUGAAGUAUAACAGUGUCUUACCAAGGAGGACAGACACUAGCCAG